AUGGAAGCUAACAUCCAGUUCAUAAGGAUUAUCCAGGAAAUGCGGGCAGAGAUCAACAAGCUGAAGAAAGAGAAUCAAGUCCUUCGGAUGAAGCUGGCCUCAAGUAGCCAGAGAACCCCAGGCCCCAGCGGAGAAUCAGAAGAUGAAAGGGAAGAGGAAGUCAUAGACCUUGGUAACCUUGAAAAAGCAUCUGAAAAAUCUCCAGCACCCCUUCACGGUGGUGUUUCCGUAGAUGCGGCACCAGCUGUGCUGGAACAUCAAGGCAACGUCAUGAUUGUUAGACGCUAUUCCAUCUCCUCACCAAUUCAUUCAUUUGCUGCAAAUGAUCCCUGGGAACCGGAGGAAAGACACCCAAAGAGUGGAAUUCUAGGAGCUCAGGGAAGAGUUAAAUCACUGGCAUGUUCUUCAAUUAAGAAGCAAGGCAAUGAAGAAAAUCUGUUUGCAGCAGGUUCUUUAACCAGCACUAGUUCCAACCAAAGAACUUCUCCUGAUCAUGUUUUUGAUAAUGUAACCAGGGACAAGAUAAAGACAGUCAGUUUCCAGUUACCCAUGGACUUGUCUUCAUAUUCCAAAAAUUCAAGUUCUUUGAAGUGUUCACCAAAUCAGACCACAAACCAGCUAAGUACCAUUGCAGAAUAG